GUUCAACAUCAACCUGCGCGUGGGCCCUGCUGGGGACGUGGUGCUGCACGUGAACCCCAGGGUGGACCAGGCCAACGCCGUGGUGAGGAAUUCCUUCCUGGGUGACUCGUGGGGCCAGGAGGAGAGGGAGCUGCCCUGCACCAGCCCCUUCCUGCGCGACCGCUACUUCGAUCUUUCGAUCCGCUGUGGCAACGAUCGCUUCAAGGUGUUUGCCAAUGGGCGGCCGCUCUUCGAUUACAAGCACCGGGUGCCAGCCGGGCCCCACGUGAAUGUGCUGGAGAUCGAGGGCGAUGUGGUCCUGUCCUAUGUCCAUUUCUGACCCACACAAGUGUCCUGGCACUGCCCAAUAAGUGCCCUGGAACAGCCCUGUUACAGCCCCAUAGCUGCCUGCAAUUGCCCCAGAACUGCCCUGUGAUUGCCCCAUAACUGCCCCCCUCAAUUGCCCCCCAA